CACAAUCUCAGUCUGGGCAGCCUGGAACAGCCGCAUCGCUGUCUGCCUCCCCAUCAGCACCACCACCUCCAGUCUGUCUGCAUCCCAUAUUUGGACUACACACCCCGUGCCGUAACACUGUCUCUCCGAGGAGGGUGUGCGCGCGUGUGUGUGCCAAUCGUGGAGCAACUCAAAAGGCAGCAUCUGUGCCCCCCCACUCCUAUAACGCAGACAGGGGAGCGCAGCAGAGGACCGGGUGAGGCGGUGGAGGUACAGACAUGGAGGGGAGUUGUGCGUGUUCGCGGAGUCAGGGCUGUGGGAUGUGGUGUCUGACGGACGCGGGGAGAUGCUCUGAGCUCUGGUAUUAGCAGCCAGCUGCGCACCGAGCCGCUCUCCUCUCCUCUCCCCUCCCUCCCUGCCUCUCCUCUCCAGCAUCAUCGCUGGUCUCCCUCGCGCCGACCAUUCGCUGAAACCGCGGGACUCGGCUCCACACGGCUCGCUGUGAUCACUCCACCGCUGGCGUCCUGCUGCUGCAGCUGCACGGAGGGGAUUUCACACAACCAAGAGAGAUGUUUCGUUUCUGGAGGAAGGCGACUGGAUUCAAGACUAUUGCUGAUUCUCUACGUGGACUGCAGUUUUAGCGAUUGUGAGCUACUCACGGAAAAUCACAGGUUGAUUUUGCUUGGCUCAGUACCACAGUAUUCUCAGCCAUCUUCUCCUUUCACUAGAUGAUAAAAAACAGUCCACCGGAUAGUCAUCCAUGGUUUCUGCCCUAAUCAAGAACAUAUCAUCCUACAUUGAAAAGAUUUGCAAAGGAAUGUUUACAAAGAAAUUGGCAAACCCAAUAAAGAAGAAAGAGAGAAGCGAAAAUAAAGAGCCUAAAUCGGCCGCUGAUUUGCAAGCACACAAUCUAACUCUUUCUACUACACUGAAGACGACAGUGAAAAAGAUUUCCAAAUGCUCUUCUGCACGUAACAUAUCGCUUGAAGACGACGACGGAAAGAACGACUGCUCAUCCUUGUCACCCACUUUCAGUUAUCGUGUAGCUAUAGCAAAUGGACUCCCAAAAAGCUCUCCUUUUUUGAAUAAUAAUGAAAGCAUCUUUCCUGAGGUUCUCUCGAUUGAUAGUAGUUACUCUGACUCUUUGAGUGAGACAAAACCUGUCCGGAGACUGGAUGAGCAUAAAUCCCACACAAUGCCAGUAAGACGAAACAGGAAGAGCCUCAUCAGUUUGGCUCCCUCUGAUGGAAGUUCUGAGGGGGAAAGAGUGGAACGCUCCAGUCUACACACACUUAGGCUGGGUGCUCUACGCAAGUUAAGAAAAUGGAAAAAGAGUCAGGAAUGUGUCUCAUCAGACUCCGAGGUGAGCAAUUGGAGGAAAACCCUGGGCAUCCGGAGCAAGUCUUUGGACCGUGCUGGACGGCAGCAAAAGAGUUCAACCCUGGAGCCUGGCUCCUCCUCCACAGGUUGCAUCAGUCAAACCCAGGAUGUCAUGGAGAUGAUUUUUAAGGAGCUUCAAGGAAUCAGCCAGAUAGAGACAGAACUGUCUGAGCUGCGUGUCCAUGUCAAUUCUCUUAAAAGCUCAAUUGAUGAGAUUUCCAGUAGUGUGGAAGUCGUUCAGAGUGAGAUUGAGCAGCUUCGCUCGGGAUUUGUCCAGUCUAGAAGAGAGACACGUGAUAUCCAUGACUACAUUAAACAAAUUAGCCACCAGGCCAAUAAUUCAACCUUGCGGUUUAUCAAUGUUCCAGAAGAAAGGCAUGAGAAAACAGAGAGUCUGAUAUAUAAAUUACUAAAAGACAAAAUGGGUUUCAUUGAUGCCCACAAAACAAUAAAAAUUGAACUUGCUCAUAGGCUAGGACAACAGAGAGAAUGUUCAAAUGCAAAACCCCGCCCUAUUAUUGUAAUUUUUGCGACAACACAAGAUAGGGAUAUAGUCUUGAAAAAAUGCUACAAACUUAAAGGAACAGGCAUUACAGUCUCUACUGAUAGCUUAACUCAUGAUGGAAAGGAGAGAAAAGACAAAGCAUUGCCCUCCUCACAAACCUACGAGAGCAUGGAUCUAAAGGUCUCUGGAAAGGAUAAAGAGAGUGAUGAUUGGGACUCAAUGGACAGUGAUAAAGAAUUGGAGGAAUUAAGCAGAAAUAAAUAUGCAAUGGUGAUUUCAAAGCCUGUUCACAAGAGUAAAUCAGAGAAGAGGCGAUCCCAUGACCAUAGCAGGUCAGGAGAAGAAGCAGGCUUCUCAGGAGCAGUUAAUUAUGCUGAUGACACUUACUAUGACCCAGACAAGCAUGCCAAGGCUUAUUACUCUGAUCUGACCCCUGGCUGGCUUUCUCAGAGUGACUAUUCCACCCCUAAACUCAGCCGCUCUGAGUCUGACUGCUCAAAACUUUGCCAGUCUUACUCAGAAGACUUUUCAGAGAGCCAGUACUUUACACGGGCCAAUGGCUGCUCCUUGCUGUCCUCCUCAGAUCAGGAACUGUGGCAGAGAAAACAAGAAGACAUGUCUUCCUCCUGGUAUGCUGGCCCUAGUGUCCCACUCAGCCAGGAAAAUCCAACCUAUGAACACAAUGAGGUUGAGACAACUGAAACUAUUGACAGUGGGGUGAGCAAUGGACUUGUCUGCAUGUCUGGGGACAGAAGCCACUAUAGUGGCUCCCAGCUUUCUCUGCAAGGUGAUCUAUCACCGUGGAAAGACUGGCAUCAUCUGGAACAAGGUGCAGACUCUGGCUUGGAAGCCUCGAUAGAGGUCAGUAGUCCCUUUGACCCAUCAACCAUCCCUGGUUUUCCAGAGAACAUCACUAAAUGUCAGGAGGUUGAUUUGCAAUUUGAAGGAGAUGAAGAAUUCAUGAUGUUUGACAGAGAACCUUCUCUUCCACCAAUAACCACACACAUCAUUCCUCACAUGACAGAGCGGGAGUCUGUCAUCAAGACAUCUGCUCGCCAGUCUAAAGAAGGAUGUAAGGCGAUGACAAAAGAAACCACAAAAGUAUUAUCUAAAGAUGCCCCUAAAGCUGCUGCUAAAGUGACACAUAAACAAACUAAAUUGGCUACUAAAGAAGAAAGCACCAAAAUAUUGCCAAAGGAGAGUUGUAACAAGGUAACUGCAAAGGCUUUGCCUAAAGUGACCUCUAAAGCAGCACCUAAAGAGUUACCUAAAGAGAUUAAGAAAUCCUUAGCUAAAGAAUCCUCUCAAGCUCCUAAAGAGUUACCUAAAGAGAUUCAGAAAUCCUUAGCUAAAGAAUCCUCUCAAGCUCCCCCUAAAGACAGUUCUAAACAGACACCUAAAGAUGCCAUAAAGCCCACUGUUAAAGAAUUAUCUAAAGUGACAUCUAAGGUAGCUUCUGGUGAGGUUGCAAAAGUAGCUCCAAAGGUGGCCCCAAAAGAUAGCCCCAUAAUGACUCCUAAAGCAAGUCCUAAAGAGUCCCCCAAAGAGAGCCCUAAAAUAACCCCAAUUGAGAGUCCUAUUUCAACCCCUAAAGAAUCCCCUAAAGAUUCCCCUAAAGAUUCCCCAAAAGAUUCCCCAAAAGAUUCCCCUAAAGUCAUUGCUAAAGAGUUCCCACAAGUUGCAUCUAAAGAAGGUCUGACAGCUGCUGCUAAAGAGGUUACCAAAGAAGCUGCAAAACUACCCACAAAAGAGGCACCAAAAGAGAUGCCAAAAGUCGCAUCUAAGGAGAAUGGUAAAGUACCCACAAAAGAGGUUUCUAAAAUUCCAUCUAAAGAAGCCCCUAAAGUAGCCCCGAAAGAGAGUUAUAAUGUUCCCCCAAAAGACACCCCUAAAGCAGCCCCAACAGAAGCCCCUAAAGUGACAUCCAACAUAGCCUCUAAAGAUGCCCCCAGGGUAAAUUCCCAAACACUUCCUAGAGAAAAAUUCCCUGAAUUGGAUGUAAAUCAUAGCUUUCACCAGACCCAGAAUAAGACUUCAAGUAUGUACCGCAGCCAGAGUGAGAUUAGAACUGAGAAGGUUGAGGAGGUUCCAAAGUCUUGGAGCAGUAGGCUCAGCAUAGAUCUUAGUGAGAAAUCCUUUGGUUUUGGCUUUGGCUCUACACUGCAGAGGGCCAAGUCAGCUCUGGAAGUUGUUUGGAAGUCAGGUGCUCAGACUACCCCUCCUCCUCCAGAGGAGCCCACCAACCCCUCUUCAUCAUUUAUGGGACGUUUCCGCACCCUGUCCACCUCCAAUGCAAACAGCUCCACAGUAGACUCAGAUGCCUGCACUGAGCCUGUUUUAUGCAAACAGGCAGAGGAUGAGAAAAAAGGUGAAGAACCUAAAGCUGGUGAACAACCAGUAGACAAUGAGACUCACUAUGUUGAGGUGAUGGAGCAGGUACUAGCAAACUUGGAGAACAGAAAUAAUGCAAAUGAGACAGAUGAGACAGAAGAACCAACAGAGGAGUAUGAGACCUCUCAGGACAAUGAUGUGUUUGAAGACAUUGAGGAAUCUCAAGACAAUGCCUGUCAGGAUUUUGAGGCAUCACAAGAUUUUGAAGCUACAGAGGACUUUGAGGAAGGUAAAGAGGCAUGUGUUCUGGACUAUGAUUGCAAUUUGGACGAGCAGUAUAAUGAAGAGUACAGUGAGGAUUAUGAAACACCAUUCACUGAGGACACUGCUGAAUAUGACGCAAUGGUGGAGUAUGUUGAUGUAGAAGAACCGGAUGAGACUGAGGACAAUGAUGUGACAGAGGAGAUGGAUGAGGGUGAUGAAGCAGAGUUAGCGGAGGUAGAUGAAAUAAUUGAGGAGGCCACUGAGGUGUCUGAAAAAGUGGAGCAACAAAGGGAGGAUGAAAACAAAAAUGUUGCCGACGAGAAGCCUGCAGAGGCCCCACCCAAGAAGCGUCUUCGACCCACAUUCAAGGAAGCAGCACUCAGGGCCUACAGAAAGCAGAUGGCUGAACUGGAGCAGCAGAUCCUGGCAGGGGACGCCAGUGCUUUGGAUUCUCAGCCUCGCAGUCUUUUGGAUCCCAAAGUGCUCGGCUUGCAGACUGGAGGGGCUGGCAGUAUUCUUUAUGGUAUUGACAGCAUGCCUGAUUUACGCCGCAAGAGGAUAGUGCCGCUUGUCCGAGACCUGGCUUUGACCCUCACUGCUCGAAAGGCAGGCAUCUCGUUCGCUCUGGUGAACCGGUCCACCCUGAAUAAUGAGGACCUGAAACUCCAUGUCUUCAAGAAGACUCUCCAGGCUCUGAUCUACCCAAUUUCAUCCACAACACCCCAUAACUUUGAGGUUUGGACGGCGACUGCACCCACCUACUGCCAUGAGUGUGAGGGACUGUUGUGGGGCAUCGCCCGUCAGGGCAUGCGCUGCUCGGAGUGCGGCGUUAAAUGUCACGAGAAGUGCCAGGACCUGCUCAAUGCAGAUUGUUUACAAAGGGCUGUGGAGAAGAGCUCCAAGCAUGGGGCGGAAGACAAGACCCACAAUAUCAUCAUGGCUAUGAAGGAGCGCAUGAAGAUAAGGGAGAAGAACCGUCCUGAGGUGUUCGAGGUGAUCCAGGAGAUGUUCCAAGUCUCCAAAGAGGAGGUCACCAGCCACCUGAAGACGGCCAAGCAGGCUGUGCUUGACGGGACCUCCAAGUGGUCUGCCAAAAUCAGCAUCACAGUCAUGAGUGCACAGGGCUUACAGGCCAAGGAUAAAACUGGCUCCAGCGACCCUUACGUCACCGUCCAGGUGGGCAAGACCAAGCGCAGGACAAAGACCAUCUUUGGCAACCUCAAUCCAGUGUGGGAUGAGAAGUUCUACUUCGAAUGUCACAACGCCACUGACCGCAUCAAGGUGCGUGUGUGGGACGAGGACGAUGACAUCAAAUCACGGGUGAAGCAGCACUUUAAGCGCGAGUCAGAUGAUUUUCUGGGCCAGACCAUCAUCGAGGUUCGCACUCUCAGUGGAGAGAUGGAUGUUUGGUACAAUCUCGAUAAGAGGACAGACAAGUCUGCUGUAUCUGGUGCCAUCCGACUCAAGAUCAGUGUGGAGAUGAAGGGGGAGGAGAACGUGGUUCCUCCUCACGGCCAGUACACCUGUUUACAUGAGAACCUGUUCCACUACCUGACCGAGAUGAAGAACAACGGGGUAGUGAAGAUCCCGCAGGUGAAAGGGGACGAGGCGUGGAAGGUCUACUUUGACGACGUGUCUCAGGAGAUAGUGGAUGAGUUCGCCAUGAGAUACGGAGUGGAGUCCAUCUAUCAGGCUAUGACGCAUUUCUCAUGUCUGUCCGGCAAGUACAUGUGUCCUGGUGUGCCAGCAGUCAUGAGCAACCUGCUCGCUAAUAUCAAUGCCUACUUCGCCCACACCACCACCACCACCACAACCACAGCCUCUGCUUCUGACAGAUUCGCCGCCUCUAACUUUGGAAGGGAGAAAUUUGUCAAACUACUGGAUCAGCUGCAUAACUCACUGAGGAUCGAUCUCUCCAAGUAUCGGGAUAAUUUCCCUGCAGGAAACCCAGAGCGACUCCAAGAUCUGAAGUCCACUGUCGAUCUGCUAACCAGCAUCACCUUCUUCAGGAUGAAGGUACAAGAGCUCCAGAGUCCACCAAGAGCCAGUAUGGUGGUGAAGGACUGCGUGAAAGCAUGCCUGGACUCGACAUACAAAUACAUUUUUGAUAACUGCCAUGAACUUUACAAUCAACUCCUCGACCAGAGCCGGAAGCAGGACAUUCCCCGAGAGGAGCAGGGUCCAUCGAUAAAGAACCUGGACUUCUGGCCAAAACUCAUCACUCUCAUGGUGUCUGUUAUCGACGAGGACCGGACGGCCUACACCCCAGUCAUAAACCAGUUUCCACAGGAGAUGAGCGUGGGCAAGAUCAGCGCCGAGAUCACGUGGAACCUCUUCGCCCAGGAUAUGAAGUAUGCAAUGGAAGAGCAUGAUAAGCAUCGCCUAUGCAAAAGUACGGAAUAUAUGAAUCUUCACUUCAAAGUCAAAUGGUUCCAUAAUGAGUACGUCCGCGAACUGCCGGCUUUCAAGGGUGUUCCUCCUGAGUAUUCUCUGUGGUUCGAGCCAUUUGUCAUUCAGUGGCUUGAUGAGAACGAGGAUGUCGCCAUGGAUUUCUUAAACGGAGCACUGGAGAGGGACAAGAAAGACGGAUUCCAGCAAACCUCAGACCACGCCCUCUUUUCUUGUUCGGUGGUGGAUGUGUUUACUCAACUAAACCAGAGUUUUGAGAUAAUCAAGAAGUUGGAGUGUCCGAACCCACAGGCUCUGGCUCACUUCAUGUGCCGCUUUGCAAAGACUAUCAACAAAGUUCUUCUGCAGUAUGCUGCAAUCAUAUCCAAGGACUUUCCAUUACAUCUGAGUAAGGAGAAUGUGCCAUGCAUCCUCCUCAACAACAUCCAGCAGCUCCGUGUCCAACUGGAGAAGAUGUUUGAGUCCAUGGGAGGAAAACAGGAGGAGGGGGUUGUGUCCUUCUGUAAGCUGGACGCAGAGGCCAGCGAUCUGCUAAAGGAGCUGCAGAAUAGACUCAACACGGUGCUGGAUGAGCUCAGCGGAGUGUUCGGCUCCAGUUUCAAACCUGUGAUCGAGGACUGUGUGAAGCAGAUGAACCAGGAGCUGGUGCAGAUGAAAGGGCCGGCCAAAGGGAGCAACGCUGCCAUGGAUGCAGAGUCAGUCCUCCGGCCUCUCAUGGACCUUCUGGAUAAAAAUCUGAUGUUAUUUGCCAAGAUUUGUGAGAAGACAGUGCUGAAACGAGUCCUCAAAGAGCUGUGGAAAAUCGUGCUGAACACCAUCGAGAGAACCAUUGUUCUCCCUCCGCUGAGUGACCAGAGUCAGGGAGCUCAGAUGAUCUUCAGUGCUGCCAAGGACUUGGGCCAGCUGUCAAAACUGAAGGAGCACGUAAUUCGAGAGGAAGCCAGAAGUCUGACUCCACGCCAGUGUGCAGCCAUGGACCUUGUGCUUCCUACCAUCAAGCAAUAUUUCCAUGCUGGAGGAAACGGGCUGAAGAAAACUUUCCUCGAAAAGAGCCCUGACAUGAGGUCCCUCAAAUAUGCUCUCAGCCUUUACACUCAACCUACAGAUGCCUUGAUCAAGAAAUAUAUAUGCACCCAAACCUCUCAAGGUCAGUCAUCCAACGGAUCGGUGGGGGAGGUGUCGAUGCAAGUGAAUCUCGUCUCUCACCCUGGCACUGGGGAGCACAAAGUCAGCGUGAAGGUUGUCGGUGUGAACAACCUCAUCUGGCAGACCAACGCCAUGUUCCGUCCGUUUGUGGAGGUCAACGCCGUGGGACCACACCUGGCUGACAAGAAGCGCAAAUUCAGCACCAAGACCAAGAAUAACAACUGGUCACCAAAGUACAAUGAAACAUUCCAGUAUGUUCUGAGUAAUGAACACGGUCCGGAGUCCUACGAGCUGCACGUUUCAGUGAAGGACUACUGCUUCGCCCGCGAGGACCGCAUCAUCGGCAUGACGGUCAUCCAGCUCCGAGAGCUGGCGGACAAGGGCAGCUGCUCAGCCUGCUACCCCCUGAUGAAAAGCAUCUCCAUGGACGAAACGGGUCUCACCAUCAUGAGGAUACUCUCUCAAAGGACCAACGACGAGGUGGCCAAAGAGUUUGUGCGUCUCAAGAUGGACACACGCUCGGUGGAGGAAGUGUCGUAAUGAGCGAGAAUGCAGUAUUAAAAAAGAGUUGUGUUGUCUUAAGUAAGCGAUAGAGGGAGAAAAAGAAGCAGCGGGAGGAGAAAGAGCAGUAGCAACAGUUGUUCUUUCAGGGUAGAGGCUGGAAACAGCAGGAGAGACAGAUUGUCCAAAGAGAAGCGGAGGAGGCCCAAAUGUGGCGAGGCAGCGGGAGAAAGAGAGAGAGAGAGAGAGAGUUGUGUUUGUUUGUUUGUUUGUUUUUGUGCAUGUGCGUAAAACAUCUGUUGGAAUGUUCAUUUUAAAACUACAGUAUGUACAAGUGUUUACUUACCGUAUGCUUACUAUUAAGUACUAUAUUCUACAAGUUAUGUUAACGAGACAUGAAAUACCUUUUGUACAACAUUUAGUCUUUUUGAACAGAGAUUUGUUCCAAUAAAGUGCCAAACCAGUGGAAAAAAAGAACAGAACCAACGUAUAUGACUAAUGGUGAACUUAGUAUGUUUGAAAUUUGCUCGAUUAAGUUGUCCGGUGUAAGUCCUUUUCUGACCGUGUGGCGUUCUGAUUGUUGCAAAGUCUUUCAUUUUGCACCCUCGUUUCUCGGCUUCACGUUCUUCCACACAGCACUGUUGUGCAUGUCCUCUUCUCGGUCAUGUCUCUCCCAUGAUUCCACGGUGACCACCGAGCAGGGUCCUGUCCCCUUGCCUUCAAACUGUUUGUAUUUUAAGUCGACCUGAAAAUAGACCGUGUUUUUUUAAAUGGCGAUGACUGCUAUGUAAACCUUCAUAGGUGUUUGUAAUUUUAUAACCAUGACAACAAUGACGACAGCCUCCAGUGCUAACAGUCUUAGCAGAAAGGAUGGAAACGUUUUUUUUCCUUUUCUUUGGCUUUUUUUCGUUCUUUGUUUUUCAGCCAUCGGCUUCCAGCCUUUCUGAAUGACCACUGUGAACAUGAGCUUUGGAAAACAAGCUUACAUGACAUUGCUGACAGUUUGAUAUUAUUGUUUCAUAUUUUUCCGAUAACUUUGUUCCUGAUAAACUGCCAAAGUUAUUUAAAAUAUUUGUACAAAAGCAAUCCAUUACAUGUAUGAAGAUAAAUAUGUACAUGUGAUCUAUUACUUUUUCAAUGCUUACUAUUUGAUUGUUGAUAGGGUGGUACUAAGAUUUUAUUUUUUUUAUUUCCUGUGAAGCUGUUAACAAAUAUGAGAGUUGCACAUGUUACUUUACACAUUAGUUAUAUCAGCUUCUGUCAUCGGAAUUAUUUUUCUUCAUAAAGGAAAGAGUCUAACAUUUGGUAAAUAUGCAACAUUCCUAUGUAUUGCACUGAUGGCGAAUUGUAUGUCAUGUAAAUAUAUUUAGUGAGAUAUUGUACAAAAGUCUACUUUUCUUCAAUGUGCAUAAAGUAUGUGCAAAUGUGUAAA